AUGGUCAAGCGUUUAAUUGGCAAGCUCAAAACUCAAUAUCUUCAAUUAAUUCCCACACACACAACCCCAAAUGCUGCGGAAAUCGUCGAUAAAAUCGUCGAAACACCGAGAAAGACUUAUGGAAAGGUGCCAAAUGAUGUGAAAGAAGGACACUUUGCUGUAUUUUCAGUGAAUCCUGAAGAGGAACCACAGAGAUUUGUGGUGGAGUUGCAUUGGCUAACACAUCUAUCAUUCUUGAAAUUACUUAAACAAGCUGAAGAUGAAUAUGGAUUUAGGCCAGAGGGUGUUCUUGAAUUUCCUUGUCGUGCUGAGGAAUUGGAAAAAGUUCUUGCUACUUGUGCUAUUGCUGUUUAA